CCGUGAAGGCGCUCCGGGCGGCGCCGCCCGCGAUGGCGGCGGCCGGCGGGGGCCCGUGAGGGGCCAUGGGCAACGCCGAGGGCCGGGCCCCGCGCCGGGCCCAGCCCCGCGGCAACCCCGGCAGCUUCGAUGAGCUGCACCGGCUCUGCAAAGAGGUGUUCCCGCCGCAGAUGGAGGGCGUGAAGCUGAUCGUCACCAAGACCCUGAGCAGCCACUUCCAGGUGACACACACGGUGCACAUGAGCACCCUGGGCCCCUCCGGGUACCGCUUCAACGCCACCUUCGUGGGGGACCGCCAGCUGGGGCCCACCGAGGUGUUCCCCACGCUGCUCGGGGACAUGGACAGCAGUGGCAGCCUCAAUGCCCAGGCCCUGCACCUGCUGGGUGACCACCUCCGUGCCAAGGCCGUGUUCCAGACGCACCAGGCCAAGUUUGUGACGUGGCAGUUCGACGGCGAGUACCGGGGCGAGGACUGCACGGCCACGCUCACCCUGGGCAACCCCGACCUGCUGGGCGGCUCCGUGAUCGUGGUGGCACAUUUCCUGCAGAGCGUCACCGCCCGCCUGGUGCUGGGCGGGGAGCUCGUGUACCACCGGCGGCCCGGGGAGGAGGGAGCCAUCCUCACCCUGGCCGGGAAGUACUCGGCCCCGAACUGGGUGACAACGCUCAACGUGGGCUACGGGGGGGCCCACGCCAGCUACUACCACCGGGCCAACGAGCAGGUGCAGGUGGGUGUGGAGCUGGAGGCCAACACGCGUUUGCAGGAGAGCACCUUCACCUUCGGCUACCAGCUCACCCUGCCCGGGGCCAACGCCGUCUUCAGAGGGCUCCUGGACAGCAAUUGGAGCGUGGGGGGGGUCCUGGAGAAGAAGCUGCCCCCCCUGCCCGUGACGCUGGCCCUGGGAGCCUUCCUGAACCACUGCAGGAGCCGCUUCCACUGCGGCUUCUGCGUCACCGUGGGAUGAGCCACGGGGACGGGACAGAGGGGACAGUGGGGACAGCAGGGACAGGACAAUGGGGACAGCAGGGACAGGACAGCAGGGACAGCAGGGACAGGACGGCAGAGACAGCAGGGACAGCAGGGACAGGAC